UCGAUUCUCAUUGGCUGCGUUUUUUUUCUUUACAAACGCGAGGAAGAGAAUUGUAAACGAAGCGCGUGCUUGAACAAAAUUGCAGGGUUGAAAAUAAAGCGUGCGUCUUUUCCAACCGCUUCAGCAUCGCGGCCUGAGUCAAGCCUGGAUCCUGCUCGUCACUACCGCCUUUCAGUCCACCAGUGAGACUAGGGAGCCGACGAUCCGCCUUCUCUCCAUCACUGCGUCUAUUCUCCACCAUUUUGUUGAAUUUUUCAGCCAUACCACUAGCGCGUGAGUGUAGAGUGGUGAGCCCCCGGCUUUGAGGCUUUUGUUUGCUCCGUGACAGGGCAGUUGAACGGUGCCCUCUUUCGGAGCUAUCGCUCGAUAGCCGCAUAGCCGGGCGCAGCCUUCCGCGGUUUCUAAUCUCAGAUUUUCCAAUUGGCUGCGUUAUUAAUUUGUUCAUCCUGCGGGAACCUGGAACGGAUGAGACGGGAGAACCUGGCAAUCGGUGGAAAAAAAUAACAGAAGGCGCUAACUUAAGUUAGCCCCGCGGCUGCGUCCCUAUUGUUUUGAGUCCCGUCACCACCCGAGCCCGGAUCCCGCGUGCUCUUAAAUCCAUCAUCAGAUAAGGUUUUUUUUUUUUUUACUGUUCAGCCAGUUUUAUUUCGAUAUUAAAUAAAAUGUGCUCUCGGGUGUGGUUUGUAACCGACCGGCGUAUUAGCCAGGAGUAUCCUCAAGUUCAGAUCCUGCGGGCUCUGAAGGAGCGAUGCGUCGAGGACGACGUUGAAUUCCGCUAUCUGUUGAUGGAUGAGAUCGUUAUAACCAUCACGGACGGACAGCUGGGUCUGCGAGUGGGGCAGGAGGUGGUGACGUCAUACCCACAGGUGGCUGUGGUGCGUGUUCCUACUCCAUGGGUGCAGUCGGACAGUGACAUCACCGUUCUGAGGCAUCUGGAGAAGAUGGGUUGCCGCCUGGUCAACCGGCCCAAUGCCAUCCUUAACUGUGUCAACAAGUUCUGGACAUUCCAGGAGCUUGCUGGACAUGGAGUUCCACUGCCUGAUACUUAUUCCUACGGUGGCCAUGACAACUUCCGUAAGAUGAUUGAUGAGGCAGAGCCAUUAGGUUACCCGGUCGUGGUGAAAAAUGCUCGCGGACACAGAGGUAAGGCGGUGUUUCUGGCCCGGGAUAAGCACCACCUCUCUGACUUGUGCCAUUUAAUCCGGCAUGAGGCUCCAUACCUAUUCCAGGAGUAUGUGAAGGAGAGCCACGGGCGAGACGUGCGCGUGGUGCUGGUGGGUGGCAGAGUGAUCGGUUCAAUGCUCCGCUGCUCAACAGACGGACGCAUGCAGAGCAACUGCUCCCUCGGUGGUGUGGGCGUGAUGUGCCCACUGAGUGAGCAGGGCAAGCAGCUGGCUGUGCAGGUGUCCAACAUCCUGGGCAUGGAUGUGUGCGGUAUUGACCUGCUGCAGUUGAAUGAUGGCUCCUUUGUGGUUUGUGAGGCCAACGCUAAUGUAGGCUUUAUAGCUUUCGACCAGGCGUGCGGGAUCGACGUGGCAGGUAUCGUGGCAGACUACGCCCUGUCGUUGCUGCCUAGCCGCCUCAGCCGUAAGAUGUCUCUGCUCUCCGUGGUGUCUAGCGCCAGCGAGACCAGCAGCGAGCCUGAAGUGUGUAUCCCCCCAGAGGCUUGCCCACCCGUCCCUCCCUGCACCAUCCCUGACGCUGUCAGCACCAUGAGCACCAGCUCUACCUCCAGCGAGAGUGAGACCGAGCUCGUUGAGAUAACCCACGCCCAGAGUGUGCCAGACCCCGCAUACAACAUCAACUCCCUCCUCGCAAAGGAGAUUAAGCUAUUGACUGAGUGAGCUGAAGAGAAAACGGCAACCACAUGCACAAACACACAGUCAUACACACAGCGCACAUACAUAUGCAUACACAUACAGUACAUGUACACAUGCAAAUAAGCAUACAGUGGUCAAAUGCGUACACACAUACAUACACUUGUGUUUUUGUACUAACCCAUUCUGAAAACCCUGAUGUGGAUCUGAGGCUGCUCCCCUGACAGUGACUGCAGAAGUGCAGUCUACACGCUGACCAAGCCUUAGUGCAGGCAUUCAGUGAGUGAGUGAUUGCCACUGUAUUUCAGGGUGCAUUGUACUGGAGAGUGGUUUUAGAAUGGAAAAGAUUUGGGGAAACGCGCGCACACACACACACACACACACACACAGUAUAGUGAGAGCCCAACACUAUUGUGAGGCUUUUCAAGCAUGCAGUGCAGUGUGAUGCAUUGAUUUAACAUGAAGGAAUAUAUCCCUAAUCCGUCUGUCUGUGUGCUCCUUUCAGGUGUGUUUGCAACCUCUAAAACACACACACACAGACACACACGCACACAGACAUUCACACAUCAGCAUGAACAUGUGUAAAGGACUGAAAAGCUGUACAUAUUCUCUUCCCAUUACAGUGGACUGGUGCACAGUUGUACAGAGUAAGAUUGCAUUCACCGUUUUUAGCUUCAGCACUUGUCCGCAUUUAAUAAAAGCGUCUUGUUGCAGAAGCGCACACACACACAGUUUGGGUAAUUAAGAUUUCAUUCUUAACCUGGAACCAGUCUUAAGUUUGUUUGUUUUUUUGUUUUUUUUCUAUUUUAGCUGUUUGACUUAGAAGGUGAGUAGAAAAUGGGGCAGGUGCUAUAUCAGCACUUUGGCAGUUCCUCUAUUUUUUGACUCAUUUAAGAUGUCGGAAUGAUAGAUUUUGUCUCCUUACAGUAUGCAGAAAGCAAAGAGGGUUAUAGAAGAUAACACCUAAAAUGUUUAACUGCCCCUUUUAAGAAGAAUAUCUUGCACCCUUCCCCAGUUCAGUGGCUCAGUUUGGUUAACAAGACAGUCAUUUCAGAGUACCCACUGUUCCCCUUUAUACGCAGAAGCAAUGGAACCAUUCUGUAGCGGUCAGGGAGCGGCGGCUUUGAGGGAGAGACGAACACAAGUAUGUGUUUUUAAAUGUACCACGUUCUCUCCCAGUUCACUCACUCAACUCGUCAAUACCUGUACAGACCUGCAUGUGCAGUAUGCGCCACACCCAAUGUUUACUUCACCCCUUCUGACCUUUAGCAUCUGAGCAGUGAGCUACAUAGAACAAGUAUUAUGUAUGAUGGAAUGCUUAUUAGGCUAAUGAGUACUGCACCGUAUGUCCAUAUGACUUUUUUCUUCUUCUUUUUUUUUUUUUUUUUUUUUUGCCAACACUAAAAUCUUAAACUGUUUGAAAUUUCUUUGUACGACAUAAACAAUAAAAUGAACUCUCAACUCAAAUGGGUCUAACCCAGUGGUGUACAGACUGGUGCUGUUCAGAAAAUUGUUCCAGUUUUUUUUUUUUUUUUUUGGAAAAGCUAGAAAUAUCCCUUGUCUAAAUGUUUGGAAGCAAAUUCUCUGAAUUCGGAUCAAAUUCGGAUGCCGUUUACCUCAAGGGUUUAACUUGAUAGAGCCUGAAUUAAUUUACAGUAUGGGACCAAACUGAACUCGGAUUAUGUUUACGCCAGAACACGGAUAUUACGUUCUUUACAUUUACACAACACUCCGAAACCCUGAUCAAUUCCAACUUGAAGUAGAAUUUCUAGUAGUAAACAUUUGAGGUUGAUUCAAACUCAGGGAAGCAGCCUGGAUCAAAUUCCUCCCCUGCCUCGUCUUGAAACAAAUCUGCUUAUAGUGUGUAUCGGCUUGCAACUAAGAAAAUGCUUCGAUGUAAUCAUGCACCUUUUUUUUUUUUUUUUUUGUUGUUGUUGCUUGUUUUCUAUUGUUCUUGGUUCUAAUGCUAAAACUGGUUUGUGUGCACUAAUCUCUGACUGGUGGUGAGCUUUAGCAGAAUGCUUUAACACACACGUCUAACAGCUGAAACACACACACACACACACACACACACACACACAAACACCUCCCCAUCCUCCAUGUUGUGAUUUGCUGUACCAUGUGUGAUGUGUUCCAUCAUCCAUCAGCAGACUGACUGGUAACUAAGCAACCGGACACACUCAUUCCUUCCUUCUACCAUGGGGAGCCAAUAAUAUGAGCAGCAGAGCUCCUUUAGCUUUUUUUGUUUUUAUUGUGUUGUUGAAAUCCUGUCUGAUUCCAAACCAACACCUGUGAUUUAAAUGGAGUGGCAAGUAUUAAGUAAACCAUGACCAGAGAAAUGUUGAUCACAUCGACAGUGCGAUGUGAAAGGACAGAGGGAAUUUGGUGCAAUAAAUUAUUUGCCAAAACCCGAGCAGGCACCAUACUGAUACGGUACCACUCUGUUGCCCACUCUACUAACAAAGAGACUGAGAAAAUGGCAUUUACUCACUACGUAAUAAUGUCAAGUUGCUGCUAAUGUUAAGUUCUGUUGAUUUCCAGGAUGUAAAAGGAAAAUGAGCAGAUUCCAGAUGUUAACCACAUUUCAUUGCCUCAUCUGUUUAUUUUCGUUUGUUUGUUUGUUUGUUUGUUUUUUUUUAAGUUACACGUUUCCCCUGAAUGCCAAAAAACCAGCAAUGUUAUAUAAUAUUAGGGAACCUAUUAGUGUUAGAACUCUAACAUCAAUGUUGUAUGUUACAAUAUUCUAAUAAUAAUAAUAAGAAUAAGAAGAAGAAUUAUAAUAAUAAGAACAAUAAUAAAAAAAGACAUUAUAAAAAAUGUCUGGAACCUGAAACGUGCA